UCACGACCACGUACCACAAUUAAGCCAACGCGCGUUCCAGGUCCGCCCAGCACGACCUCAACAAUUCAUUGAAUGCUCUCUUGGGUCUUUGAAGGGAAAACGGCAUCACUGAAUGGGCGCUGCAUCGUGAUCCUGUUCUUAUCCCGCAUUGGCACCCAUUACACGCAAGCAGCAGCCUAGACUCUGAAAACCCUCCGUCGUGAGGCGUCGGCACUUCGCUCGCAAUCAAGCUGAAAAGCGAAGCUGGAUGGCUGACACUCGCAAGCACAUGAUGCCAAUCAGCACUACUUCGAGCACACCGAUUGCAGCCUCGUCGAUGCCUGGGCUGGUCGAUCCUCGCACAAUCACUACAGCUGCCUCAGCUCGAGCGGCACUAGCAACGCUUGCCUCGCAUUCUAAUGCGCUCGAAGAUCGCUUCUCGGAUCUGCUUGAAGAGUCGAUCGAGAAGAGAGAGACGGCUACGGAGGUUUUGAAGUCUCUGACUACUCAGGUGGACCUGAUCAGAGAAGAGGCCGGCGUGCUCGACGCGAGGCUGGAUGUUGCAGCCUCAGAAGCUAGGACGAUAUCAGAGGCGGUCAGGAGACUAGAUGAGAUGAGGGAAAGGGUGCAGAUCGCCAAGAGGUGGGCCGACAGGACCGCGGAUCUGAAAGCCUCCUUGCUGUCUCUUGGCGCCGCGAUGGAACAACAAGACUGGGACGCUGCCACUCAGCACGCUAUUCGCGCCAUGACAAUAGAACCUGAGAUCCUUCACUCUGCAUUUGCAGCAGCUACGGUCCCAAGCAGCGAGUAUCCUGACCCCCCUCCUAUGACGCUCAUCUCAAUGCGGACAGGGCUGUUGGAUUUGUAUAGUCGACGAUUUAGAGCAGCAGUGGAGGCCAAGGAUACUGUCGAGGCUACUCGCUUCUUCAAGAUGUUUCCGCUGAUUGGAUGGAGAAGCGAAGGACUGGCCGUUUAUAGCGACUUUGCCAAGGCACUGGUGCGAGAGAGGGGCAAAGCCAUAACAGAUGCUCUAGCUGCCACUCACAACAGCUCGUCUUCGCACUUUCACGCCGGUCUGCUGACCACUCUCUUUGAGCACCUUGCGCUUCUGAUCGACCAGCAUCAGCCUCUCGUGGAUCGCAAUUAUGGGCCAGGAAACUUCCUGCGAGGGGUCAUGCCGAGUCUACAGGAGGAAUGUGACCGGCUCGGAAAGCGGAUAUGGGAUUCUUGGUGGGAUGAGAGGCUUGUCUUGCGGAAACUCGAUAGCGCCAAGUCCUGCACGUUCUCUUACAUCUCGAGCCUUGGAUCAAAUAACAAAGGCUCGCGCUCUGGAACUAUAAAUCCAGUUGCCAAGGCAGCUGGUGGGUUUUCAAUACCAGGAAGAAUUGCUACGCCAGUGGGCGGAACGAGCGCUGCAGCAGGACGUGAUACUUCCACGUACGAACCAGAAGGUCCCGAUGCCAGGGAGACUGAUCGCGUCUUGACUGAAAUCGCGAGUAUGGCAACCAAGUGGGGCACCUAUCGGCGCUUCUUGGUCGGCAGAUUUGAUCACACGAUGCCAACGACGGAGGACGAGAGUGGGUUGGACGAAGGCGGCUCUGAUGAUGAGACAAAAACGGUUGUCCGGUUGGCAGAAGAUCAGCCAAAUCGUGUGCAAGACUCCAUCACGGCCACUGGCAUCUCUGACGCCUCGGCGCUCGGGCAGCAGGUCGCGUCGGGCCUGUCGAAGGCAUACGUGACCCUCGAAACGUGGUACCUUCGCAGUAGCAUCGAGCGCGCUCACCGCAUGGACACGCCCGAUCUCGCCGCAAGACCAUACACCGCAUCAGUGCUGGAUGACGUGUUCUACGUCUUGCGCGCUGUGCUCGCUCGAUCAAUAUCCACGUCCUCGAUUGCUAGCGUCUCUGCGAUCGCGAGGGCUGUGCGCUGGAUCGUGGACGAAGAGUACAUUCAAGUGCUUGUAAGACGCAUGGAAGGCGUCUGGAGGAGCGCGAGCUCGAGUAUGGCAGUCGAUGGACCUCGGAAAGAAGCGGCUACGAGAGAGAUGAAGACGACAUUCAUAGUGUAUCUUAACGUCCUCAGUGUCUCCGCGGACUACACGAACAGAAUCCUGACGGAUCUCACGACCGAGCAGCUUCUCUCCCAGAGCUUUGACGAAAGGCAGAUCGAAGAGGCAGCCUCGAUCGUCCAAGGUCUAAGCGGUCUCGUAGCACGCAUGCGCAGCGCAGUGAGGACCGAACUUGAUCAGCUCUUCACUCAGCUCACGAAGCCGCGCUUGAAAGCGAUCUUGCUUGAAGCGUACCAAGACGUUUCGUAUAUGCUCGACGAUGAUGCCCAUGCCGAAGCAGAGUACAGCGACCCGGUCAGAAGGAGGUUCCUCAAAGGCUGGGAGAUCGUCCUCUCGGGCUACAAGACACUUUUUGAUGAAUCAAAUUGGGAAGCGUACUUUGUCUUGACGCUCGACGCUCUUGUGAGGCCGUGGGAGAAGAUGGCUAUGGGGAUGCGCUACACCGAGCUCGGAGCUCUUCGCUUUGACAAGGAUGUCAGAACGAUCACUACCUAUCUCUCGACGCAAACGCGCACAUCGAGCGUCCGAGAAAAGUUCACCAGGCUACAACAGAUAUCAUACGUGCUCAAUCUGGACGAAUCAGAAGUAUCUGCUGACGCAAACGGCCCAAAUGCCGAUGCUCAGGGCAAAGAUCUUUACGAGGAUGCCGCUGCUGCAGGUAUGGCGUGGAGAUUGAGUGCAGAGGAGGUCAGGAAUGUAAGAGCAUUGAGGGUAGCGGGAUAAAGAAGACGAGAGGAAGCCCUUUGCAUAGAAUCGUCGGGCUGCUUCAAGCUGUAGUUGUAUCGUUGCCACACGUUGAAUGCCCAGAUGCAUGCGGGAGAAGUGAUUACAGACUUUUGCAAGUAAAGCAAGCUGUCCACCACGUACGCUGUAUGUCCGCACGCUGUGGCCCCAUCAUCCAGCGUCUGCGCGCAAGAAGAAACAAAUGAAAAUCUUUGACACC